AUGGCUUUCGAGACGGAAUACAAGGCUGAUAAUGUGGCUGUUGAGCCUGUGGCUGCGGACAAGAUCGAUGGAACCUUUCGUUCUUCAACAAUCGAUCUGGUCUCUGCAGCACUUGGAGGCAAAGUGCUUUCCUUCUCGGAUGAAUGGUUCGCAGAAGCAUCCAACUUGUUGACCCCCACACCUCCCAUCAGACAGCCAGGGAAGAUGGUCUACUCUGGAGCUUGGUACGAUGGAUGGGAGACUCGCCGGCACAACACAGCGCCAUUCGACUAUGUUGUGAUCCGUCUAGGCGUAGCUUCAGGAACAGUCGAAGGCAUUGAAGUCGAUACGGCUUUCUUCUCAGGAAACCAUGCCCCGGCCAUCUCCGUAGAAGGUGUCUUCAGCGAUAAUGAUGAGGAAGUCAUUGGCUGGAAAGGAGAGAAAGGGAAAUGGGAGACUAUCCUUGGACUUCAAGAGUGUGGCCCUUCCCAGAGAUUUGGCUGGAAGCUGAAGGUUCCUACUACCAAAGCAUAUACUCAUGUCAGACUGAAUAUGUAUCCUGAUGGUGGAAUCGCCAGAUUCAGGUUGUUCGGUCACGCAGUUCCUGUAUUCCCUGAGGACAAGGAGGCUAUUUUUGAUCUUGCUGCUGCUCAGAAUGGCGGCGUUGCGAUCUCAUGCAGCGAUCAACACUUCGGUGUGAUUUCCAACCUUAUUCUUCCAGGACGUGGAAAGGAUAUGGGCGAUGGAUGGGAGACGUCAAGGUCUCGAGGAAAGGACCAUGUAGACUGGGCGGUUAUCAGACUCGGAGCCAGAUGCACCAUCCAAAAUUUGUUGGUGGAUACAGCAUUCUUCAGAGGUAACUUCCCUCAGAAAGCAAAGGUCGAAGCUAUCGAUUGGAGCGGAGAAGGGGAGCCUGGAGCAUUAGCUGAUGGAUGGACGGAUGUCGUUGCGCCAAGCAAGUGUGGUCCGGACAAGGAGCAUGAGUUCGAAUCUUUGGUGAAGGACAAGUCAUUCACUCAUGUAAAGCUGGUCAUGAUUCCGGAUGGAGGCGUGAAAAGAAUCCGGGUCUUUGCUAAGAGGAGCAUUUAG